GUUUUCCAAGUCAGUGGCUGAGGUACUAAUCACUACAUACAUAUCAAAUGGUAUUGGUCCGAAUAAGAAAUAAAGCAAUGUCAACUAUAAGUAAGAUUAUAUUCUCCAGUAAGCACAAGUUUAAAAAAAAUAGUUAAAGAUGAAGAUGAUGAUGAUGUGUCAAAAUGUUAUGCUUGCAUUACUAACCUUUCCCUUUUAUCAACGGUGAUUCUCAUAGAUGCUUUCUCUCUCUUCUCUCUUUAUCCCGACAAAACAGAGAAUGCUUUCUUUCUCUCUCUCUCUAUCUUAAAACAGAGAGAUCUUAGAAGAAGACAAAAUCUUUACCACCAGAUCUUCCUCUUCUUCCUUGUUCUUUCUAGGAACAAAGACUUGGUUUUUCUUUUUUUUUUUCUCCGAUGAGGUGUAAAAGACACACCGUCGAUCUCACCAGCACCGUCGGCGUCUGCGCUUCUUGUCUCCAUGAGCGUCUCCUCUCCCUCGCCGCCUCAAUCGCCGUGGAAGAAAACAACAACAAUCGUCUAUCGCGCAAAUCUAGUAAUCCCCCUCCUCCUCCUCUCCCUCAUCGCUCUGACGCCGGAGGAGGAGGAGAUCUCGGAGUUUCCGGCAAGGAUUUCGAAUCGAGAGAGAAAUCGAAAGGAGGUAGCGUUUCGAGAAUCUCCAAUCCGUUCAGAGCUAGAUCUGAUUUCAAUCCCAAGUCCGAGUCUUCUUCCUCGUCGUCGCGGUCGUGGAUCUCUUCGUUUCUCUCCACCGGUCGCUCCAAGAAGCAACCCGCCAUAGAGGACGUGAUCUCCGGCUGUCGAGGAAUGUCGCCUGCUAGAGAUACGGGAGCAGAGGAUGGGAGUGAGGUGCCGUGUGGAUCAAUUGAGGAAACGCCGGGGAGGACGAGGAGAACUCCGGCGGUGAAAACGCCGGGGAGGAGGAAGAUUAUGACGGGGAUGGGUUUCUGUUUGAGCCCGUUGGUGAGGGCGAGGCCUAACUGUCCUUUUAAACGGAAAAGUAGAUUUCCGUCGGAGUUUGUCGGAAAUGCCGGCGAGGUAGCGGCGGCGGAGAAGCCACAUAUCUCUGAAGCGGCGUCGUUUUGCGCGAAUAGAUCGAAGAAGCUAGCGGAUUUAGGGAGAGGGAACCACCGCCGUUGAGUUUUUUGGUGGGGU